UCGGGCUCGGUUUAAUACGCUUCUAUGUCUAUAACAGACACGACAGAGUGCCGUUAUAAACAUUAAAGCGUAAUAUUCGCGACGGCACCGGUAACGCGACGUUAAGUAACGAGUUUGUUCGUGUGUUCUGGGUAAAGAGAAAACCAGGUGUUCAAUAUGGAAUUCGCGGAGGUUUACGAUAUUUACUGGAAUCAAAAAAGUGAUCCAAGAACGAACAACCUGCCAUUCAUGGCAUCACCCGUUCUGAUCCCUAGUAUUCUUGUUGUGUAUUUGUUCAUCGUUCUGAAAUUCGGGCCGGAGUACAUGAAGAACAGGAAGCCGUACAGUUUGAAAACAUUUGUGAAAUGCUACAACAUUUUUCAAAUUAUCUUUAACUCGUACAUAGUUCAACAGUUCAUCAGCGCGGGUUGGUUCACGACAAUAUCGAUAUUCUGCGAAAUACCGGAUUUCUCGUAUGAACCCAGUCCAUUGAAGAUAUCUUUCACAAUGUGGCUCGCGAUGAUGCUGAAGCUCAUCGACCUGGUCGAAACGGUGGUGUUCGUGCUCAGAAAGAAGGAGAGGCAGAUUUCGUUCUUACACCUGUACCAUCACGUAUCGACGUUGUUAAUAGCAUGGCUCAUGACGAGAUACAUUCCGGUCGCGAUGGCUUCAUUCACGCUAGUGGUGAACUGCAGUAUACACGUGAUCAUGUACACUUAUUACUUCGUGAGCGCGUUCGGCCCAACCGCGCAGAAAAUACUGAAUCCCGUCAAACCGCUGUUGACCUUGAUGCAAAUGGGACAGUUCAUCAUCCUAAUAUUGCACAGCGGACAAACAUACCUUCCAUAUUGUCCAAUAACGACGAUACCGGCUACCGUCAUCAUAACAAAUCUAAUAAUAAACUUCGCACUUUUCUACGACUUCUAUAAGACGAGCUACAUGUAUGCAAAGAAGAGGAGUUAAAACCCAUCGAAGACUUCGAUGAGUAGGAACGAUAUUAUUUUAAAAUGGUACCUACGUUAAUUACCUGGUCGAUAAUCUCAUAACUUGCCGACCAAAAGUUUAAAUUCACACGCCCAAUUUUAUAAUAUUAGAAAUUUCGUAUUUCUAAGAACAAUUACAAAGUAAUUCAAACUAAAUUUGUUCUCUCAAAAAAACAAAUCUUUUGUUUCCUUCUAUUCACAAAGUGAUUUUAAACUUUUAAUCGGUAGUGUAUCUUAUUUAAUACGUAGUAUAAAAUGAAAGUAAAUCUUGUUGACCAUGAUUUUCGAUCUUUUCAAAACAACUGGAAAGACGUAUCACUACUGUCAAGAGGAACGUCUGUAUUCCCAUAAAUUAUUAAUAAUUUAUUUUUCCAUUAACUCGUAAUAUUUUGCGGGAGAUUUCGCACAUUUUUGGAUCUCAUAAAUUGUAAAAUAUUGACAAAAAGAGAAUGGUUAAUAAACAGACUGUUUUUGAAGCGAA